AUGGAAGUGAGAGGAGGCCUAGAAGACACUAACACCAGCUCUGUGUUUCCUCCACAAAUCAAGCCUAACCUAGCCAGAGCCGUUCCACUGCCCCAUCAACCAGCUGCCCUGCAAGACUUGAAGCAGAGACCCAUGGAAGAAUGUCCACCAGGCUUCUAUUUAUCAGGGAAGGUUUGCUUGUCGUGUAAAGCUGGCGAGGACUACACCAGUCACAAUAAUUCCCUCGAUAGAUGCAGGAGCUGCUUAGUCUGUAAAGGAGAUCAAGUACAGAAGAGUCCUUGCACCACAACCUCUAAUACAGUGUGCGAAUGCAAACCUGGCACUUUCUGGACACAAAACACCCCUGAAUUCUGCCAGACAUGUCGAGAUAAGUGCACCGAAGAGGAGGAUGAGGAGAUCCCCUGUACCCCCUUGAGUGACCGCAAGUGUGUCCCCAAGGCCACCGGGGGCACCAGAGCUCUUAAAAUAGUUGGGAUCAUAUCUAUCAUAUUCACAAUAGUUAUGAUAAUAAUUGGGAUUGUCGUUUGGAAGAGAAAAGAAAUAUCUGAUUAUAUUAAGCGCUUCUGGCCAGCAGCGGCUGAUGUGUUGUAUGAAAUGCUGCUCAAGUGGCUACAAUGGGCAGGGCAGCGUGCCUCCAUCAACGCCCUGCUAGAUGCCUUGCAAACCCUGGAAGAGACAUUCGCCAGGGACACAAUUGAGAACCACUUGGUUCUCUGGGAAGGUCAUCUGUGGAGAUGAUGUGAGCUGUGCUAACUCACGGAAGUGAAAGCAUUUCCUCAGGAGGGUGCACAUUCCCUAGUGUGCCUGUUUUUUCUUGGAGAAACCAAAAACAACCUCUUAGGAACAAUAUCUAAAGUUUACGUGAAAGGGAGUUGAAGAAACUAUUCUAGAAUAGAGCCACCAGAUAUUCCACUGGAAUGGAGCUUAUCACUUUUUCAAGCAGUUAUUAAGCAAACUGAGAAUGAAUAGUCUUUUUUUUCCCAGUGGGGAGAGCACACUUGUAUGAAUGUAAAUGUGUCGGAUGUAGUGUUAGCGUUUUUCACAGUACUUUUUAUCUGAAUAGCAAUUACAUAUUGCAUUUGGUGUCAUGCCUGUAAUCCCAGCAUUUAGAAGGCUGAGGAAGGGGGCUACUUAAUGAAAACCUGUCUAGGAAAACAAAACAACCGUCAGGUGCUGGUAGAUCAUGCUCUUAAUCUUAACUAUUGGUAAGGCUGAGCUACAGAAGAUUGCGGCAUGUGAGAUUUAUCUUAUUUGUUAUUUGUCCAUUAUUUAUGGAUGGAUAUGUAUGUUGCCUAUUGAUUACUUAUGUUUUCUGUAUUUGUAUGAACAGGUGCAUUAAAAUACAGUUGCUAAGUUUUUAGCUAGAUUAAGUGACAAUAGAAACAGAAAAUAUAGAAGGGAGAAAGCAGUAGCUUUCUCCUUUGUAGUAUUUUACUGUUUUCAUCCAGUUUUCUUCAACUCUAGCUGGGUAACUUGAGACCAGUAUUACAAAACGGGCAAUUUUAUAUUUAUUCAUUAUGCGUUGGUUGUAUUGGGGCUUACAUUAUUCCUAUCUCAGCCUCGAAAAUCUGCUGGGAUUACAGGUGUGUGUCACAUUUCACAAAAUGAUGUGUUUUUGGCUCUCUACCUCUAGAGAGCUAAUGUAACUGUUCUUGAACUUCCACUCUUCCUCUGUUGCCGAGCUGGGGAGGUGGGAGAAGGAUCCGAUUAGAAGUGCUAAGUAAUCUCCGUGUUAUAUGUUGUACCCUAUGUGUA